UUUCUGCCAUUUUGUGUUCUGCGUCUCGUCGGGAAAAAAAUAAAAUAGAAGGAAGUGAGACAGUGAGAAAGAAAAUUAUUAUUUCGCAAAACAGAAAAAAAUAAUAAGAAAUAUGUCCGAUUAUCGUUCACAAUCACGCGGCGGCGGACGUGGUGGCCAGGAUUAUUCGAAUGAUGAUGAUCCGCCGAUGUCGCGGCUAUUUAUAAUUUGCAACAAAGCGCAUACCGAAGAAGAUUUUCGCGAAGCGUUCUCAAAGUACGGGGAGAUAGAAGAUAUUUGGGUGGUUAAGGAUAAACACACACAGGAGAACAAAGGCAUUGCAUAUGUCAAGUUUUCGAAGACUUCCGAUGCCGCUAAGGCGCAGGAAGAGAUGAAUGGCAAAACGAUUGGAAAAACAGAUAGAACUCUCAAGGUGCUGGUUGCCGCAAAUCGUAAUCAAGGUUCAAAUAAAUCUGAAAACGAGCAGGAAAAGUAUGUGCGACUGUUUAUUGUCAUACCAAAAACAGCGACCGAAGAUGACAUACGUGAUGAGUUUGUGCAAUGGGGUGAGGUGGAGAAUGUGACCAUUGUGCGGGAGAAGAACAAUGGCAGUCCAAAGGGUUUUGGAUACGUGCGUUUUACAAAAUUCUAUUAUGCCGCAGUAGCAUUCGAAAAUUGUUCUGCUAAAUACAAGGCAGUCUUUGCCGAGCCAAAGGGUUCUUCGCGCACACAACGUGACCAAUACGGGCGUCUGGCUGAUGAUAGUCCCAUAUAUGGCUCGGGACGUGGCGGAGGAGGAGGAGGCGGUGGUGGAGGCGGCUCCAAUUACAAUGGCGGUGGUAAUGGAGGCGGUAGCGGCGGAGGUGGUAGUUACAACAACGAUUGGAAUGCAUCGGUCAACAGUGAUAUGUCGGCAUUUUUACGCAUGCAAAACGUCCCCGUCCCACAGCCCACAUGCCUCGAGGUGACGGUCAGCAAUUGUGUUAACCAGGAUCAGUUAUGGCGACUCUUUGACAUUAUACCCGGCCUCGACUAUUGUCAAAUCAUGCGCGAACAUGGACCGCGGACAAAUGAAGCCGUUGUUGUCUACGACAAUCCAGAAGCUGCGAUUUAUGCCAAAGACAAACUGCAUGGCCUGGAAUAUCCGAUGGGUGAACGCAUAAUUGUCAAAGUAAAUGGCAUGAGUUCAGCUCGCAUGGACACCUCGUUUAUAGACAAACGCACUAAAAAGGACGCUAUUUGCAAUGUACCUUUGCCACCAACACAACCACUUGCAUCUCCCGAUUCUCAAGUUGCUCAAAGGCUUUUUAUUGUGCUCUCAGCUAAUCUGCCGCACUCAAUAUUGAAGAAUAUAUUCUCCUGCUGGAAAGGACUUAUUGAUGUCUAUCUGCUGCCGAAUAAAAAUUGCGGAUACGUCAAAUAUUCGGAACGGGAAAGUGCCCAAAAGGCAAUAACUGUGUUGAAUGGUGCAGAAAUCUGUGGCACUAAAAUAAAGGUUAUGGAAGCGGAGGAACGAAGUGGCUCCGAUGGUGACGAUAGUGGCAGGAAGCGAUUACGACGAAAUUAAGUCCAUAGUUUUGGAAUGCGUUGAACGCCUGAUCUGAGACCCCACUGACAACAACAUACUACUUAACAAAAAGAACAUAAUGUACGAGUAGUUUACAGAAAACAGAUCAAUUAAACAGUUCAACUGACCAACAACCGCCCAAAAAACACUACGGAAUCAACCAGAACGAGAACCACAACAAUCACAAUCAAAACUGAGUGAAAACACGAGUGAACAGAAGUGAACAGACACGGAAAACGGAAACAAGAUACGAGAAAACAAGAACUACCAAACAACCAACUUUACACAAUUUUGACUUGUUUUUGUGUGCGCUGUUUGUACUGAAGAGACCCAAUAAAGACCAGACCUAAACGGAGCCAACGAAACCAUGAAACAAUGAAUGCAAAAAACAAAAAAAAAAAACCAACCACUAAC